AUGAAUAUCAUCCACUGCUUAAUUCUAUUCCUGCUUCAUGUAUACUGUCUCGCUGGACCUAUUGAAGACCUUGCAACGAUGCCUGACUUGUCAUUAUUUUAUCAACAAAUAAUUCGUCAACAAGAUAUUCAAAUGCUCUUGCAAGGUCUCUUUCCUCAGCAAACAUCGGGCGGUGUGAAUGAUUUCACAAUAUUCGCACCAAACAAUGAUGCGAUGAUUAAUUUAAAUCGGAAAAAUGAAGAUUUAAGCGUGCUUUGGAAGUACCACAUUGUUCCUGGUCGAUAUGAUGAGCAGAUGUUGUUCAGUAUGGCGCAAGAGAAAUACAAUCAAGCAAGUCCUCAGCAAAUGCUGGGAAUUCGAGUUCAAAACAAUCUGCCAACGGUUGCUUUACCUUUUCAAGUCUAUUAUGGUGUUGGCUUUUACGGUGGAACAGGACCGCAAAUCAAUGAAACAUUUGACAAUGCAGGAUACGGUGCAGGUGGAAUUUCUUGGUUGACACAUACGUCAUUUAAUCAAACAAAUCGAUUUGAAAAUAAUAUUCCUAUGAAUCCCUUCAUCGUGGACAAUUUUAAUCGAAAUCAACAGCAUCUUUCUGGACAAGGAAACGCCAUUCCGGCACAUCGAAAUCAAUUUCGACCGAACAUGACAAACUAUUUUGGUAACGUUUUUAAUCCAAAUGUUAAUGUACAAUCAAGACAAGGUCUAAUUAUGCCAAAUAUGAAUAUGUAUCCGAAUUAUCAACAACAACAACAACAACCACUGCCACCACCACAAGGUUAUGGGCAAUUUCCAACCAAUACUGGGAUUGGAGUAUUGCGGCCAACGAUAAACAACGCUUUUCUAUUGCAAUCACGUCCCAUGAGUCGUGGUGUGAUCAAUGUUAUUGACAAUAUCUUGUGGCCACCGGAAAGACGUGACCAGGUACAAUAUAAAACUGCUUAUGAUGCACUUGAAGAUGGGCAAUUUUCACGUCUCCGACAACUGGCUGAGCGUAGUGAAUACUUUCGCUCAGAAUUACGUUCAAUAAAUCAGCAAACAUGGUUCUUACCAAAUGAUCAAGCGUUUGCCAGUAUGGGUUCGAGUUUAAGUUAUCUUCUUGAUCAAACUUCUAUCAAUAAUACAAAUGAGAUCAACGAAUUUAUCAAUGCACAUGUAGUUCCUUUGGUAUUGUUUCCAGUUGCAAUGGAUUCUACAAAGAAAGUGUCUACUUUCAAUGCGAAUCGAUGGAUUACUUUUCGUAAAGUAACCGAACCAGAUCAAUCAUUUCAAGUUGAUGUUAUAUCCGGUCGAUAUGUCGCGCGCAUCUUAGUUUCACGUCCCGAAGACAUUCGAUUCUAUGGCAAUGGUGUGGUAUACCCAAUAUCGACAAUACUCACUGCUCAAAUCCGACCAGCUUCUGAUGAACUGCUUCGAAGUUACCAAUAUUUUAUUAAUAUCGUACAACAAUCCGGAGAUUUAGAGCUGAUGAAUUUAUUGCAAGGUACAUCGGGUCAGAACAUCUUUAAUCCUCAAAAUUCGCUGAAUAUUACGGUCUUGAUACCUCAACAAAUGUUAAUACAACAACUGGGAAGCGGACAAGAACUCAGCAUGAACUUACGUCGACAUAUCAUACCUUUUCCGAUAUAUGUGGAGCCACAAAUAUCGAAUAUAGGGGGAUCGAAUUACUUUACACAGCAGAGUAUGUUUCAAAACGGCCAACAGCAAUCGUUUGGUCAGGCAGGUUUUAAUCAACGGCAACCAUCUCAAAUACCACAAUUUCAGCGAACUGGCCCAGGCAUCGAUAAAAAGCUACCCCGACGUCGUCGUCGUCGUCAACAACAAGCAAAUCUAUCUCCUAAUACAAACUACCAACAAAAACAGUUUCCUCAACAACAAAUGUUAAAUCAACCAUUGCUACCCAAUCAACAAAUACUACCAAAUCAUCCGCCACAAAUGUUACCAAAUCAGCAACAGCAAAUGCUACUUAACCAGCAACAGCAAAUCCUAUUGAAUCAGCAACAGUCAAAUCCAAAUUUCUAUCAAACGUCUUCUUAUCCAACUUCAGCAACUUUUCAAAAUGACCAGACGUAUCCAACACUAGAUCCUCAAUUUACUCUCCGAGCGCAAGUGUCAGCUGGUACACGAGGACCUGUUGUGACACUUAUUGGUCGCUCAGCGAAUUCUUUACCAUUUUCUGCAACAGUUAUCAACGCCGAAUCGAACCUUCCAAUAAAAAAUGGAGUUAUGCAUGUUAUUCGAGGUAUUUUAUCUGGAAUGAUAAUACCAAUUGAAGGUGUUUUGACAUCUGUGCAAGGAGCCAAUGCAUUCACUCAAUUACUUAUGCAAACAGGUGUUAUUGAACAAUUGAAACAAUCAAAUCGUCCGUAUACUUUAUUUAUUCCAACCAAUGCCGCACUACAAUCUAUGGGUGUGACAAGGAAUGGAAAUCUGUUACGACAAUUUGUUCUACGUCAUAUUUGCGCUGAUGUUCUUCUUGAUCCCAUGAAUAAUGUUCUACGUCGUUCAGCCGGUUACUACAAUCGUCCUCAAAAUGCUUUAUUCAAGCGUCCCCGUCAAAAACGACAAGAUUGGAUGAAUAGUCAACGAAAUAGAUCGAAUAUCAUGAACAGACAAGGUUUUCAAUCACCAAAUAUUGCCCAAGGUUACUUUCAACCACAGCAACAAUCCUACGGAGGCUAUCCAGCUUCUUCGACUCCGUUCGGUUCGAACAACCAACUGUAUAAUUCAGGUUAUGCCAUGAAUGGCAACGCCGCAUCAAACUCUCAAUAUUUUCCUGGUUUUAAUGGAAGUUAUUUUGGUAAUCAAAAUAACAUUUACAAUACUAUGGGAAUGUCAAAUCAACCAUUCAUGGACAAUACGUGGAAUCGUACAAUGAAUAUGCCUGUUAAUCGACAAAUGAUACCUCCAUCUAAUGGUAAACAAGAAAAUUAUUUUACAAGUUCGAAUACUUACUUUGGUGCAACAGCUUCAUCUGGCGGACCUCAAUCAUGUACUGCAAUGACUGGUGAGCGUAUUAUAGUUCAAUCAUUGGAAGGUCCCCAAUCCGAUGGCAAUACUCCAAGUAUGUCAUAUCAAAAUUUUAUUGUCACAUGUUGUGGUGAUCAAUCGGUGAACUCAAUGGUUCAAUCGUUUAAUGUCUAUGCUCCUAAUUAUGCUGUUUAUGUUCUCGGUCGACCGUUGAUAUCUCAAGGUCAAACAAUCAAUACCAUGUACAUGUCCAACUAUUCAUCUAAACUCGUUCCUUCUUCGUUUAUGUUCAUUAUCUUUAUUAUUUCGCUAAUUUUCGACAAAAUACAUCAGUUUUAA